AGAGUAGUCUUGAUUUCUUAUUUAACAUAAGCACAUGACUUCCGUGUUUUGGUUGGAGGCAAGCUGAAGUACCAAAUACAUUAAGCAAGGGCUUUCAUGUGUCCCAUUUCAGUAUGUGUUAACUGACAAAAGAAAGGGUGAAUUAAAACCAAUAAUGGGGACGCAAACAGAGACAACUGGAGAGACUAAACAUGUUUUGGAAGACACAAAAAAUUGUCUGCCAGCACCAAGCAAGGAAACUAUAGAAAAAAUUACACAAGGUUUUCUUCAACAUUACUUGCCUGAUGCACAAAAGGCAAAAGCAUCAUUGGAUGAAUUAACACAAAACCAAAGAAUUUUGUUAGAAACAGUGCAACAUGAAAAUACCAAAUUUUCAGAAUGUGAAGCAAUGAAAAAACUAACUGACAUGAUGAUUAAAGCAAAGCAAUAUCAUACAAAACUCCUCAUAAUAAAAAAAGAAAUGGCAUCAUUACAUGAAAGAUCUGCUAAACUAAAGAGAAGAGCAUUAAAAUUGCAGCAGCAGAAACAGAAGGAAGCGCUUCAAAGGGAACAAGAAAAAGAGAAGGAAAUGGAGAGAGAGAGACAUUUAAUGGCCAAACCCGUGUUGAGACAAUCUUCCAACCCAGAGGAAAAACGUAGUUAUGUGACUUGAAUUUUGUUAGAAAACUUGUGCUGCUUUCAUACAGAUUUACAGUUCAUUAUAUUUUGAAUUUUAAAUGCAAAAUCAGCACCCUGAGUGUCAGUGUUAACUGAAAAUUAAGCUCUAUUAUUAGCAUGCCUCUAGUAGUUUUCAAUAAACUAUGAAACUCAUUGUGGUCACCAGAUGACCAAACUCUCCUAAGGUUACGGACAGAGUUAAACAAAAAUUCUAGAAUUACUGCCUUUCAUACAUGUUUUGGAUAAUAGACAAAUCUUCAGUGUUUACUGACCAAGUUCCUUUGCAUUUACACAAAUCAGCCAAACUCAAUUUGGAGGUGCAAAUGAGGUCACAGGCAUGCUCUUAAAAAUAUUUAGUGCACAGAUUGCCAACUAUGUUUGAUUAUUUAAGGGUCCCACAUGAAAAAGUUUGUAUCAAAGUUUCACUCUCCUGGAACCAUGAAUAAUAAAAAAAUAAUUCAUUGUCUAGCCUCAAAAAAGGAACAUACAUUACAGUCACAAAUGCAAAAUGUCAAGCUGUGAAACGUUUUACUCACUCUGAAAAUUCAGUAAUCACUGGUUUUGCUCUUUAUCUCCAAAAAGUAUAAAAUUGAAAAAAAAUUGAUAAUCUUCUGCAUAGAGGCGUUAAUUGUUUUGGAACAACUUUAGUUUGCUUGUCAAUGAAUAUUUAAAAAAACGAGGAAAAUACACCCUACCGACAGUAAAAUAAGAAUUAAAUAAAUGAUUUUCCAUUCAUGGUCCAAAUAUUGUAUCAGAAGUGUCAAACUAUCAUGGAAUCACAAUAUAAAUUUUCAGUCAGCAACAGAAAGCCCUAUUUCCUAUUGCACCAACUUGGGUAACAAGUACAAGUACUUGUACUUGUUACCCCAGUUAACACUGAACAGGUACUUGGGAAAGAUGAAACUUUCUGACAAUUUUUCUGGGGAACAUACAUUACAUAGUACUAGUCGUGACGCAAAGCCCCUUAAGUUACAGUUUAAAUAUUUAUAAAAAAUAUCCUUAUGUCAUGUAUAAUUUACCAUGAGUGAAUCACUACAAAAAAUAUGGAACGCAAUCUAAAAAUUAAAAUUAAAUGUCCCAGAGCAUAUGCUACUGGAACAUAUGUUACCAUUUAGGACUCCUUACAUAAUGUAAAGACAUGGUAAAAAUUGAAAAUUAAAUUAAAAUUAAGACAGUCGUGUUUUUUGUUUUAUACACACAUUUUAAAAAAUUGAAUACAUCUUUGAAUUCAUUCAAUUUUAUAUUUUGGACACUUCAGCAUAUGAAAUGCACCUUGUGGGUUUGGGUAAAAUGUCAUUUUACCAAUGGUGUCAUAAUUGCUUAACAAGGCAAAAUAAUGCCUUUGUUCAAUAUUGCAUUAUUCCCAGUAAUAAGGGGCUCAUAAUAUGACAAAACACUAAAAACAAGCUGAUGGUACAGGAUCAAACCCAUAAACCUCAUUUUUGGUAUGUUGAUGAUCAUAAACCCUGUCAGUAAUCUUAAAAGAACACUGGGAUCUCUGUCAUGGUGACAUUUAGUGCCAUGUUUAAAACUCAAAGGAGUUUGAAUGUAAAAUCCUUUAAACACCUAUUUACAUUUUACAUAGAGUAACAACUUGAAAGGGAAUGAAUCAUUGAAAUUUAUACUAUGGUGCUAUCAAAGAUAAAAUUAAUUCUAGAUGUGUAAAUAUGUAUCUUGCAGUGAAAAAUUUUGUAAAAAUUUCCAAACAAGGUGCGCUAUGACUAUUUUCAGGUAAAAUGCCUGUGUUUAGAUUACAGUUGAUAUUUAAGGUAUUUUUGUUUGACAGAUAAAAGAAAAUUGUGGGUUAAUGAUAGGAGUGAGAUACAUGUUAUGGGAUUUUUUUUGUCAAUUUUAAAAGUUUUUAAAUUGUUAAUUUUGUUGUCAAUAUGAGAAUUUAGGUGUUGGUCAUAACAUGCAUUUAGUAAGCAUGAGUAAUGAUGAAAUAUAACUUGUAAAAGGGCAGCAUAAAAUUUUGGCAGCUCUUAUUUUCAUUAGUUUACUGAAUUGUGAUGAUUAGGAAAUUUUUCAACAGUGCUGAAAAAAGUAUGUAUGCAUUUUAUCUGAAGAGCUGAAUAUUUAUAAACUUAGUCCCAGCAAGGCUCUGACUUUCAGUUAUUUAAGUUGCUGCAUUUCUAAUACAUCUGUAUGACAUUUCUGAUAAUCUUGUUAUGUUAACUGUUUUUAUUAUAGGUUAUUUUUUUCUUGACAAAAUACAAUGAGCAAUGAUCAUAAGGGACCAGAAAGCUUCACACAAAAUACAGACAAAAUGCGACAACGGUGUAAGUAACUUCAACAGUUUGAUAGUUUGAUUAUAUGUUUUAUAUAUAAUUAUAUUCUUUCGUCUAUUGUUUUAGUACAUGUAAUACAAAUUACUUUUAAUUGUUAUUUGUUCAAUAAUGCACUUUUCAUAUGGCCCAAGGGUGAUUUAAAUUUCAGUAUAUAUUUAAGCAAUUAUUAUGAUUGUUAUUAUUAUUAUUGCUGUUGUUCUGUAGAGAUUACCACAUAUUUCAUAUAUUUAGGCUACACUGAUGGUUGUGCAACUAUUCACUUAUUAAAAAAGAAAUGUAAAUAAA